GUGGCAGAAGGUCGUCUUGGGUGAGAAACUGGACAGUGUGGACAUUUUCAGAGACUACUUCCCAAUUAGGCUUAUUAAAACCCACGACCUGCUGCCCAGCCGGAACUACAUCUUUGGCUACCAUCCCCACGGCAUCUUCUGUUUUGGUGCUUUCUGCAACUUUGGGACAGAGGCUACAGGCUUCUCCAAGAAAUUCCCGGGCAUCAAGCCUUCCCUGGCAACCCUGGCUGGAAACUUCCGCUUGCCUGUCCUUCGAGACUAUCUGAUGUCUGGAGGUAUCUGUCCAGUGAACAGGAACUCCAUCGACUACCUGCUGUCGUGUAGCGGGACAGGUAAUGCUGUGGUCAUCGUCGUUGGAGGGGCUGCGGAGUCUCUGCAGUGUGUGCCAGGCAAGAACUCUGUCACCCUGAAGAACCGAAAAGGCUUUGUGAGGCUGGCCCUACAGAAAGGGUCUGACCUGGUUCCAGUGUAUUCCUUCGGAGAGAACGAUUCCUACAAGCAGGUGAUCUUCGAGGAAGGAACCUUAUGGAGAUGUAUCCAAAAGAAGUUACAGAAGAUCCUAGGCUUUGCCCCGUGUCUUUUCCAUGGAUGUGGCCUCUUCUUCGGCAACUCCUGGGGCAUUGCGCCUUAUUGCAAACCUAUCACCACCAUAGUUGGGGAGCCAAUCACAGUGCCAAAAAUUGAGGCUCCGACUGAGGAGGUAGUGGAAAUGUACCAUGCAAUGUACAUCCGGUCCCUCAGUGCUUUUGACAAGUACAAGACCCGCUUUGGCCUGAAAGAGAGUGAAGUCCUGUACAUCCAUUGAAGGGACGAGGGGGAGCUGGAAAGAGAGAAGUGCCAAUGCUUUUGUUGUCUUUCACUCAUGCAGCCAAAUAAUCCCCCUAAGCUCUUUUAAGAUAUUAUAUGCUUAUCGCACAAACAAUGCAAAUGGAAGAUACCACUUCAUUAUUGGGAUAAUAAGCCCAAAGUUUAAUUGAGCCAAAGACCUACGUUUUCCUCGCACAUACAUGUAUUUCUACUGUAUAAAUGCCAAAGGUGAAAGGAUUUCUACAGGAUCGAUUCAUAUUGUGAAUGCACAGCACAUGUGAUUGUAUAAUGCCAUAAAGUAUUAAUUGUAUAAUGUAGGGAGGAACAAGCCUAUUUUUUGUGCUUGCCCCUCAAUGGAUUUUUCUGAUGCACUUUUUGUAUUUCUAAUUACCUUCUGAGGGUUUUUGUGCCUUUUUUUAUGAGUAUUUCUAAAGACAGUCAUUGAUUUCCCUUACUUUUCUCACUGGUGCCUAGGUCUGGAUGGAUGGGUUUUGUUUAUGCAACAACAACUUCAGUAACGUAUUGUAUAUUGAUGUCAAGGUUCUGAGCUACAGUU